GUCAGCUGCAGCCAGGCUCCGCCCUGAGAGCGGCUUCCUCGACGGGGCCUGUGUCAACCGAAGAGGGAAAGACGGUCCUGCUUGUGCCACCUCCGCCGGAGCGGAGGGAGCCGGCUCCGCCCGUCCCAGUCACGAGGCGAGGAGCAGUGUAAACACACAGUAGUUGACGGCUGCCGCGGCCGCGGGUGGGGAGGCGUUGACAGCUGUUACUGCAGGACCUCUUUGUCGUCGUUCCUCCACUAUGGAGGAUAGUCUGGUCCGCGCUUUCGGUGACCUGAGCCUCCAGCAGCAGCCCCGUGGCCAAGGCAGGGGGGACUCUCGCAGGCGCCGCUUCAGCAAAAGCCUCUACUUGCUCCGAGGCCUCCCCGGCUCCGGGAAAAGUACCCUAGCCAGGCAACUGAAACGUGAAUUUCCCAGUGCAGUUGUUUUUAGCACUGAUGACUACUUCUUUGCAGAGGAUGGCACCUAUGUAUUUGAUCCUGAUGCUCUAGAAGAAGCACACAGGUGGAACCAAAAGAGAGCACGUAAAGCAAUGAAGAAUGGGAAAUCCCCAGUUAUUAUUGAUAAUACCAACAUCCACGCUUGGGAAAUGAAGCCAUAUGUGAUAAUGGCAGUUGAAAACAAUUACAAAGUUCUGUUUCGAGAGCCAGAUACACACUGGAAAUUCAAUGUUCGAGAACUAGCCAGACGGAAUAGCCAUGGUGUUCCACGAGAGAAGAUACAGCGGAUGAAAGAACAGUAUGAGCAUAAUGUUACCUUUCAUAUUGUGCUUCAUGCUGAAGAACCAGCCAGGCAUUUCAGUAGGUCCUAUGGAAUUUGCAGUACAGGAGGUUAUUCCCCCAACAGAAGAGCUAACAGCAACUCCACAAAUGAAAGGUCAUUUAGUAGAAAUGAUUUUCACAGGGUCUUUUAAGAGUUUUUAAUCAAAUGGUAUAAAGUUUUCUUUUAUAUUUUCAGGAAUUUUGUACUUUAAAUACUUGUAUUUUUCUACUGAGCUAAAUUUAGGUCUUAAAUCUCCACAUUCUUUUUAUGUUCUAAAAACCCAUUAUAAUAUCCUUCUGAUGCAGACCUAUGAGCCAAUUAUGAUCUGUACCCAAACCAUUCAUUCCAUAAACAUCAUUGUUUAGUACAUUUUUCAUUUUAUUCAUUUCUUCUACUCAUUUCUUUAGCCAUGUUUACACCUUAUAUAAACAACCAGUUUUGACAGGAUAGAGACCCAGUGUGGUGUAGUGGUUAAGGUGUUGGACUACAACCUGGGAGUCCAGGGUUCAAAUCCCCACAUAGCCAUGAAGCUCACUGGGUGACCUUGGGCCAGUCAUUGCCUCUCAGCCUCAUGAAAACCCUAUUCAUAGGGUCACCAUAAGUCAGAAUCGACUUGAAGGCAGUACAUUUACAUUUUGACAGGAUGGCUCCUUUUAGGAGUGUAUACAUAAUGAACCAAAAUAAUUAUCAGCAACUACUAUAGUGCAUGGGAAAGUAUCUCCAUAAGUCAGUGUGCUCAUCUACUACUAGUGGCAAGAAAAUGGCAUCUAUAUGCAGAACCAGCUACCAGUAUUGCUAUACAAUGUUUGGUCCUGGUAAGAAGCAUGCACACAAAUGGUAUUUCAUAUAAACCACCAUUGGUAUUCCAAUAGUGAUAGUAUAGUGCAACAGUUAGAAGUCUAAUUUCCCUACUUUCCAUGAAUGUUAUUUUCAUGGUAUUUGGUUCUAUAUGCAAGGCUAUGGAAUCAUAUACAGAGUUUCCUUCAUAAAUAUUGGCACAGCCAUUCAUCUUACAGUAUAAAAAUAUUAAAAUGUUACUUUCUGUUGUGCCUAGAUUUUAAGUGCUGCUUUUGUAUAAUUGAAUUAUAGACCCCCAUUUCCCUGGACAAGCUUAGUUCUACAUUCCAUAUAAAGUUUGCUUCAUUUUCUGUCAUCUUUGACCAUUCUGCUUGUCUACUUUUCAGUGUGUUACACCUGGUUUUUUUACAUAAUCAUGUAGAUUUCCUCUUGCUGAAACCAACCAGAAGGCUUAUUCAGGACCCCAUUUGUUGUCAUUGUUCACCGUGGUUUUUUUUUAUUCCUGACAUUACCCCCAGUCCCACCCCAUUAGAUUGUAGCCAUAGGAACUGGUCAGGGUAGAGGCAUAACCAUGACAACAGCUGUGUUUUUCUCUAUUCCACAGCAAUUGCGUAGCCCUCAAUUUUCUUGUUUGGUAGUAGCAUGUGUUGAAGAGAGGUGGGGCAAGGAAACCAGCAUAAAUUAAGUGGCUAUUAGAACUGGAGAUAAAUUAAAUGGCUAUUAGAAAGGAAUAAAAGAAGGUAAUUUGACAUUCUUGUAACUUUUGUUAACAUUCAGUGCUAAGUGUGCUUUGUGCCAUCUGAUAAUUUUAUCUCCUGAAGUCUGCCCUUUUUCUCAUCUCAUUGUCCUCACAUAUCACAACUACUGCUCUAUAUAUUUGCUUAAUCGUAGCGUCUAAAGUUCUUCAAGGGUAAGAGCUUCUCUUUAAAUUAGUUGAGUAAUGUAAAAAGUAAUAGUAAGGAGCAAAACAAUACACAUCCAUCCAAUAAAGCUGUAGCUUCAGAUAACUUAAAAUUGCUUUUUUAAAAAAUUGAGCCAAUCUACUUGCAUUCCUACAGAGUAUUUCAUUAGCCCUCUUCAGGUGUUUGUCCUCCUCAAGCCUAAACAAACAUAUGAGGGGGGAUCGUGUAUAUGCACUUUGGAGCCCUCCACAAGUUUGAAGGUGAAGGUAGGAAGUGGGGACCAGUCUCCUCGCCUUGCAUAAUCAUUGUUCUAAAACUGCACAAGGAGAGGAAACUCCCUUCUUCAGACAUUUGCUCUCAAACUCACGGAGACACCACUGCCUACCAUGUGCUUGUUUACACAUGAGGAGGAUGAACACCCAGACAGGUAAUUAAAAAAGAAAAAUUUGUAUGUUUUGGAUAUGUUUAGUCUUGUGUUUUAAAGCUGGAAUCUUUUUUACUUGAUACAUUGUGAUGAUUGUGCAAAAACAAAUAAGGGAAUCAAAUUAUAAUGCCUGCAUCUUUUAAACUGUACACUGGACUUUUAAAAUAUACAUGUAUGAAAUAAACUCUAGCAAAAACAAACUAGCCUGCUCCUUUGUAGAGUUAAGUUCUCUUAAGCAUAUUGAAACAAACUAGGGAGGUAACAGUGUAGCCUCAGGUUGCAGUGCUGUAAUCCAGAGAACUUCAUUAGGCACAUCCAAGAGAUUGCAUGUGAUUGGCAGGACAUGCGAUUCUCUUGUUGUCAGUCCUGACUUCAAUUUAUUAAAUGACUUCUCAUAUAGCAUUAAGACUGUUGUGAAAAAGAUGUCCCCCUGGAUAAGUGAACCUAGGGAUGUAUUUUGCUUAAUUGUGAAUAUUGCAAUCUGACCUCCAGUUGCACAGACCUUAGUAUGUAUGACUGGCAGCAGUAGAGUUAGACACACUGGGUAGAAUUGGACUGUAAACAAUAUAAUGAAGUGUGGCUAUAUAUUUCCCCAAGUCAGUGUUUAGUUAUGUGCUGCUUUGCUUGGUGUUUUGAAAAGCUGCAAAUAUUUACAUAGUUAACUUUAAAAUGUGGCUGAAAUCCAUUGUGAUUAUACAUACUUGGGCUCCAUGGGUUUGUUAGACUUAAGUGAGAAAAGACUUGUGCUGGAUUGUGGCUAUUGUGCUCAAACUUGGGCAGUUAGCUAUCAUGGCUAACCAUGAAUUUUCUGAUUGUUCAGAAUUGGUGCUCAUACCUUCACUUCAGUUUCUCGGUGGGCUUCCCAAUAGAGACUAGUGCAGUAAACAUUAUCUUGACCCAUUCCACACUGGGUUCAGGCCUAGUUAUGGGACUGAAUCUGCCUUGGUGGCCCUGAUGGAUGACCUUUAUUGGGAAAAGGACAGGGGGAGUGUGACCCAGUUACUCUUACUUGAUAUCUCAGCGGCUUUUGGUACCAUUGACCAUGGCAUCCUUCUGGGCCGACUUGGUGAGAUGGGUAUUGGAGGCACUGUUUUACAGUGGUUCCGAUCCUAUCUCCAAAGUUUUCAGAGAGUAGCAUUGGGCAAUUGUCUUUCGGGCCCCUGGCAGUUGUGCCGUGGGGUGCCACAGGGUACCAUCUUGUCCCCCAUGCUGUUUAAUAUCUAUAUGAACCCCUUGGGAGUGGUCAUUGGGAGAUUUUGGGCAACGUGUCAGCAGUACGCUGAUGAUACCCAGUUCUAUUCCUCUGUAACAUCUGAAGCAGGAGAGGCCGUGCAAGCCCUGGACCGCUGUCUGGACUCAGUGGUGGGCUGGAUUAGGGCCAGUAAACUGAGUUUGAAUCCUAGCAAGAGAGAGGCGCUGUAGGUUGGAGGUUCCAGAGUUCAGAUAAUUGGUCAGUUGCCUGCUUUGGAUGGGGUCGUACUCCCUCUGAAAGAACAGGUUCGUAGUCUGGAUCCAUCUUUGUUGCUAGAGGCCCAGGUGAUUUCAGUGACUAGGAGUGCCUUUUACCAGCUUCAGCUGGUAAGACAGCUGUGGCCAUUUCUGAACCGGGAUAGCCUGAUCUGUCUAUCUGUUGUCCACGCACUGGUAACCUCCAGGCUCGAUUACUGUAAUGCGCUCUAUGUUGGCCUGCCCUUGAGGUUGGUCUGGAAGCUGUAGCUGAUGCAAAAUGUGGCGGCGAGACUGCUCACUGGGGCAGGGUAUUGCCAACAUGUCAUCCUACUGUUGAAAGAAUUGCACUGGCUACCCAUUUGCUACUGGGCCAAGUUCAAGGUUCUAGUCUUGGUGUACAAAGUCCUAUACAGCUUGGGACCAGGAUACCUGAAAGACCAUCUUAUCCCUUAUAUACCCAGUCAAUCACUGCGCUCUGCAGGUGAGGGCCUCCAGCAGACACCAUCUUAUCAGGAGGUCUGUUCCGCACAACAUAGGAAACAGACCUUUAGUGUGGUGGCACCUAUCCUGUGAAAUUCUCUCCUGUUAAAUAUUAGACAGGUGCCAUCUCUGUUAUCUUUUCGGUGCCUAUUGAGACCUUCCUCUUGCAACAAGCUUUUUAAGUAGAGACCUUAUCCUAGUCUGCGUCUGUAUUGGAAUUGCUUUUUAAUGUUUUAAAAUCUUUUUUUUAAAACCAUGUUUUUAAUCUUUAUUUUUUUAAGAUGUCUUGAAGCUU